CAGGGGGUAUGAGCUGGGGUUUCCCCACGCUUGCCCUGCAGGCUCCGGAGGCCGGGUCCACCUGGAGCCAUGCAAGCUGCUAUGGGGGAGGGCCUGGACAGGGUGGGCGGCAGGCUGGUCUUCUCCCUGACCUUAGCCUGUCCUCAGCCACUGGCCCUGUGAAGAGCCAGCCUCUCAAGAGUUUCAAACCCACAGAGAGGGCUCCAUCUGCACCUUGGUCCUCCAUGCCUCAGCUCCUCCCAGACACACUGCUUUCCCCAGGGCCCUCUGAGGAACGCCCCCCAGGUCCUCACCCGCAGGCAGGGGAAGGGGCUGCCUGGGCUCCCGUGGCCUCCAGCUGAGUGGAACAGGUGUUUCUGGGCACAUGCCUGGCCAUCAGAAACCAGCAGUGAAGCACAGCCCCCUGCCCUCCGCCUCUCACCAACGGAGGAGACAGGCAUGUGGAUGCAGGCACUGGGGGCUUGGCAGGAGGUGGCAUGUCCAGAGCGGGGUCUAGCCUGGGGGUGUCCUGGUAAUGGCGACUGCCUGCCUGCAGUGGUGACAGAGGUGAAGGGUUUCAUCAGGCUCCAUCGGCCAAGCCUUGACUCAGGCAGGCUUAAAACCGGUAGAACUGUCCAGUUUUUCGAUAGCCUGCAAGGGGCCGCUGUGUGCCCGGGGUCACAGCUCUGUGGAGCUACGGGAGGUGGGAGCUGGAUGCUGGAGGGGAAGGUCAGGGCCAAACUGAACAUAGCAUCACGUACCCAGGGGAGAAACUUGGACCUGGUCUGUGGUAGGCGGGGAGGGGUCUGUGUUUGUCAAUAUUCCAGCAGCCUGGUGGAGGAUGCUUUUGUGGGCAGAGGUGGAAGAAUGGGGGCCGUGACAUUGGAGGCAGUGGUCUGUAGCAGUGGGAGGGGCAAUGGCAGUGGCAGCAGAGAUAGGGAGAUUAAGGGUAACCCCAGCUAGUCUUGGGGACUGGCGUGGAGGAAGAGGGUGGUGUCGAGGAGACGAGGAGCAGGAAGGACGAGGGGCUCUGGGAUUAGGCAGAGUGGACAGAAUUCCAGGUUCCUGGCAGGGCGAGCCUUGGUGGGCACAGGAUGCUGAGGCAGGCUUGUGGAGACGUGCUGUUUCCAGGACUUAUAAAGGGAGGUGGCCACUGGGAAGUGAGUGCAGGGACAACAUGCAGGGGGUGAUGGGGCUGAAGGAACCGCCAGAACUUGUCAGCUUUGGGUACUCAGGACCGGGAGCAUGAAUGAGGCCACUGGAGGAGCCAGGGUUGGAAACAAGGGACGUCCCCCCCGGGCCCCUCAGCCGUCAGAGGAGAGUGGCUGGGCCAGCUGGCAGGUUGGCGUCUCAAGCAACUGGAUUACUAAAGCUCCAGAGCCCUGGGCUCGGCCCUCACGUUCUGAUACUACAGAUCUGGGGUGGGGCCAGGGAUUUUGUUUUGAAGGCUUGCCGUGGUUCUGGUGAGCCAGGUUCGCACUGCAGGUAUAAGUGGGCUGAGCCUGGCUGCUGAGUGGAGAACCAGGAGCCAGCCAGAGGCCCUCUGGUGGCACCUGCAGCUGAGCCCAGGCCUGGGAGGGGACGGUGUCCAGUGCGGGGCCGAGCUGCACGGGCUCACUGGGUGCCUACCAGGGGUCCAGGGCUGCAGAUUCCAGUGAACAAAGCCCUCCCUGCCCUCCUGAAGCCUGCACUUGAGGGGCAGGUCCAGAGCUCUGCCACCAUAUGUCUGGAAGCCCUCCAUCCAGCCUCAGGCCGCACUAAGCUGCAGGGAGUGGACAGGGAAAGGCCCUGAGCUGGGGACACAGGGAGCCUGCACACUCCCUCUCACAUAGACCCUGAGAUGGGCAGGGCUGAGGGACCCACUCUGGGCUCCUCAGCUGGCAGGACCUGCCCGGACCUCCUGCCAUGCCAGCAGGGGUGGGGGAGGCUGUAGGAAUGGCUGGGGCUCUGGGUGGUGAGGAUCCCCUGCCCUCUUCGGAGGGCCUAUGUCUGUAGGGUGUGUAAUGGACUACAUCACAGAUGAGGAAACUCUGGCACACAGAGAUGAAGUGACUUGUCCGGCUAGUAAGAGGCAAGGUCAGGACCUCAACUGAGAUCUGACUCCACGGUGUGUGCUCUUAUUCCUUGGGCAGCAAUACUAGAACAAGAUCGGGUUUGGCACCUAUUAGCCAACAGCAUCAAUAAGAACAAAAACAAGCCUCGGGGGAGAUUGCUGGCCCUGCCCCGGAGCAGGUGCUGACGCAGGCCUGGAAUGAAGGCCCUUUGUGAGGUGGCCCUGGGAGCUGGCAAAGGGUUCCGUCCUGCCAGGACAGGGAGGACAGGAGCCAGGACCCGUGUAGGAGAUGGUUCUCGCCAUGCUGGGGGCUCUGCACCCCCGGGCUGGGCUCAGCCUCUUCCUCCACCUCAUUCUGGCAGUGGCACUGCUUCGCUCCCAGCCUCUGAGGUCUCAGCAGUCUGUUCCUGAGGCAUUUUCCGCCCCCCUGGAACUCUCGCAGCCACUUUCCGGCCUGGUGGAUGACUACGGCAUCCUCCCCAAGCACCCGUGGCAGCGAGGGCCUCGACCCCUCCUGUCCAGGGCCCAGCAGCGCAAGCGGGACGGGCCCGACCUUGCUGAGUAUUACUACAAUGCACACCUAUAACCCAAGGCCCUCAUAAAGAUACUAUGCAU